AUUGAUUUUUUGGUUUGGUCAUAUCUAGGCGUGAGGUUCUUGGAAGGAUAACAAAGAUCGUAAAAAGGAAAGUGUCCAAGCAGUUUGUAUGCCAAGCUCGCAGAUUUCGUUGUCUGAUUCCUUGAUUUGAUCCAAAAUCUGGCAGUACUAAGGGACCUUCAACAGCGUUCCAAUGGUCCAAAGCCAAUCAAAUCUCAGUACAAAAGGAUUGCCUCCCCCAACACAACUAAAGCCAAAAAUAUGUAAAAAGCUACAGCUGGAUCAGAGUUGAGAGACAAAUAUGCUUAUUAAAGUUGCCUUCUUUUUGUUUCACUGUUAAGCCUUGGACGGACAACCGCUGCUGUAAUCGGAAAACCAUGAAGAAAGGUUCUGUUUCGUCCCACAACUUGGGUACAUUGCAAAGCCCGGGAGUUCCUGUUUACCGGGAUGAAAGUGUUGGAAGCCAAAAGGGUUGGAGCUCAGAACGACUACCAUUGCCAAGAAAGAGCAGUACUCGGAGCCGGAGGCAUUUAAGUGCUGCUUCUUUGAUGCCAUUCAAUGGCGGAAGGACACUGCCUUCAAAGUGGGAGGACGCUGAGAGGUGGAUUUGUAGCCCGGUUUCCGGCAUUGGAAAAAAUUCACAUUCCCAGCCUCCUAACCGGCCCAAGUCUAAGAGCGGUCCAAUUGUGCCUCCGGAGGUUGCUUGCUAUUCGAAUUAUUCGCCUGCAAUGCAGGUGCUUGAAGGUGGCGGUGUGGCGAAUUUCUUGGCGGGUUCUCCUUUAUCAGCUGGAGUAUUGGCUGCCGAUGGUCUCUUUGUUCAUUAUGGUAGUGCCGAUGGAGGAAAAUCUUAUCUACUACCUGCUGAGAACAAUUUGGUGGUACAAUCGGCAAGUUUCCCCGUAUGGUCGGAGAUGUUGAGUGAGCUUUCAUUGCCCAGCUCUCAAGAUGAGAUACUGGAUGGAACUGAGGAAACUAUGGAUUCUCAUGCUGUUUCAAGACGAGAUAUGGCAACCCAAAUGAGCCCUGAGGGUAGCUUCAACUCAUCUCCAAGAGGGAAGUCUUCAUUUUCUGCAACUCCUCCAUCUUUCCCGUCUAUUAUGGAAACACAAGGUGACAAUUCUCCUAAAUUAGAAGUCAGGGAUGUGCAGGUUGACAAACGAGCCACUGUUAUUAGGUGGUCUAAAAGACAUAAAACCAAUGUGGCUAAGAAAGGGUUGCCACAUGUUGAAGACUUCAAUAAAGAUGCCAAGGAAGCCCAAGCUUCAUCUUGGGAUAUUGCAGAGGCAGAAAUGAACCUUUCCAAGUUGCAAAGAGAGGAAGCCAAGAUCACUGCAUGGGAAAACUUGCAGCAGGCAAACGCUGAAGCAGCAAUACGAAAACUUGAGAUGAGAUUAGAAAAGAAGAGAUCGGCAUCUAUGGAUAGGAUCUUAAACAAGCUGAGAAUGGCAGAGAGGAAAGCGCACACAAUGAGAAGCAAAGAGUUAGUCCGUCAAGGCCAUCAGGUCCCAAAGACUUCCCGCAAGUUUGUUUCCUUCAGAAAGUAUGUGCGUAUGGGUUCCUUCAGUUGUUGCUUUACCUCCGAUGCGUUCUAAAUCCUCAUAGACUACAAUUAAGGCCAACAUUAUUUGUAGCCAAUAUGGAACAUGUGAUGUGGGUUAGAUUUUUACCGGUUUGAUAGCCAGUGUGAAAUAUCCGGCCAUGGCUGAAACGAAAUUCACAACAAUAGCUUUUCUGCACAUUUUUUCUA